AUGUCCGAGGAGGAAAUCGUGAGCUACCUCCAGGAUCAAAAGAUAACAAGCGCGAGAAGAAUAAAGCGGCGGACCGGCCCAACCACUUUUGAGAACACUCCAACUGUAGUGCUUACUGUAAACAGUACGUACACUCCGGAAUUUAUUAAUUUCGGCUAUUUGCGUGUCAGGACGAGACCUUACUACCCCUCACCCAUGCAAUGCUUUAAAUGCUGGGCGUUCGGUCACACUAAAGUGAAAUGCAGACAAGAGACGGCAACAUACGGGAACUGUUCGGAAAAUCACGAGAUUCCUGCGGAGGGACCUAAAUGCCAGCAGCUCUUGUUCUGCAGAAAAUGUAGAUCCAGCGAACACAGCCUCGCCUCCCGUCCCUGUCCAGAAUAUAGGAAGGAGAACACGAUACAGAAAAUAAAGAUCGAACGCGACAUAGACUACAGAGCUGCUAGAUUGAUUUUUGAAGCAGGAAAUUGCCAACAACGAAGCUACGCAGACGUCACCAGAAAGGUAAAUGGGCCCACUUCGAAUACGGAGGAUUCGGAUCGGAGAAACAACGACCUCUUGAAAACAAUUUCUGAAAAGGACCUCAUCAUCGCCAACAUCACCACUUCCAUAGAAUCGCAACUCAUUGAAGCUGCAAAAAACGCAGCGUUGGUCGAUAGAAUGGACUAG